CCUCCUCCUUUCCUUUCAGCUACAGCUGCAGAAAACCCAAUAUUUGCAACUGGGGCAGAGUCGUGGCCAGUACUACGGGGGGUCACUGCCAAAUGUGAAUCAGAUUGGGAACAGUGCCAUGGAUCUCCCCUUCCAGCACAACGGAGCUCUGGCUGAAGCCUUUGGAGCAGUUCCUGUCUCUUUGACCCCGUUCCAGUCGUCGGCGCUGGACACGAGCAGGACCACGCGGCACCACGGGCUGGUGGACAGAGUGUACCGGGACCGGAACCGCCUGGGCUCGCCCCACCGCCGCCCGCUCUCCGUGGACAAACACGGCCGGCAGGUGGACAGCUGCCCCUAUGGCACCGUGUACCUGUCGCCGCCGUCGGACACGAGCUGGAGAAGGACAAAUUCUGAUUCUGCCUUGCACCAGAGCACCAUGACUCCAGCUCAGCAGGAAUCCUUUUCAGGAGGCUCGCAGGACAUGCAGCAGAAAAGAGUUUUAUUGCUGACUGUCCCUGGAAUGGAAGAAACCACCUCUGAUGCAGACAAAACCCUCUCUAAGCAAGGAUGGGACACUAAAAAGACUGGGUCAUCGAGACCUAAAUCCUGUGAAGUUCCAGGAAUCAACAUCUUCCCAUCAGCUGACCAGGAGAACACUACAGCCCUGAUUCCUGCCACGCACAACACGGGCGGCUCCCUGCCAGACCUGACCAACAUCCACUUCCCAUCCCCUCUGCCCACGCCCCUGGAUCCCGAGGAAUCCACAUUCCCAGCCCUGAGCAGCUCCAACAGCACCGGGAACCUCGCUGCCAACCUGACCCACCUGGGCAUCAGCACUGCCAGCCAGGGGAUGACGACGACGCCGGCCCCGUCCCAGCACCGCCAGCCCAGUGUCAGCCCCCUGUCCUUGGGAGCGGACUCGCGGCGACCUCAGUCCCAGCAAAUGUCCCCCACGCUGUCCCCGCUCUCACCCAUCACUCAGGCCGUGGCUAUGGAUGCACUGUCCCUGGAGCAGCAGCUCCCCCCGUACCCCUUUUUCACCCAGACCAGCUCCCAGCAGCAGCAGCAGGCGCCGGUGGCCAGCUCCCUGCCCCAGACCCCCCCUCUGCUGCAGAGCUCGGGGCUGCAGAGGGGCCCCCAGCUGCCCCCUCUGUCCGUCACGGUACCUUCCACCAUCCCCCAGUCACCUCCAGGGAGCCAGAGCCAGCCCUCCAUGGGAAUAGACAUCAACUCGGCCUCACUCCAGCAGUACCGCAGUAAUGCUGGCUCCCCAGCCAACCAGUCUCCCACCUCUCCUGUCUCCAAUCAAGGCUUCUCUCCUGGCAGCUCCCCUCAACAUUCUUCCAUGCUGGGCAGUGUUUUUGGGGACUCCUAUUAUGAGCAGCAGAUGACAGCUAGGCAGGCUAAUGCCCUCUCCCACCAGCUGGAGCAGUUCAACAUGAUCGAGAACGCCAUCAGCUCCAACAGCCUCUACAGCCCCUGCUCCACCCUCAACUACUCGCAGGCUGCCAUGAUGGGACUGACGGGCAGCCACGGCAGCCUGCCGGACACGCAGCAGCUCAACUACUCCAGCCACGGCAACAUCCCCAACAUCAUCCUGACAGUGACAGGAGAAUCCCCCCCCAGCUUAUCAAAAGAACUGACCAGCUCCUUGGCAGGCGUGGGGGACGUCAGCUUCGACACGGAUUCCCAGUUCCCUCUGGAUGAACUCAAAAUUGACCCUUUGACCUUGGAUGGACUGCACAUGCUCAACGACCCCGACAUGGUCCUCACCGACCCCGCCACAGAGGACACGUUCCGGAUGGACCGGCUGUGAUCCGCCGGGAUCUCCCGCGGGAUCCAUCCCGGAGGGUCCAUCCCAGAGGGUCCAUCCCGUCCCGGAGGAUCCGUCCCGUCCCGGAGGAUCCGUCCCGGAGGGAGCAGCUGCUCCGUGUCCCCCUGUACAAUGAGUAACCACAGCUUGUUGUUCUGAGCUUGCCGCGCUGCCGAGCCCCCGUCCCCGUGGCGCCCAGCGAUGUCACCCCCGAGCCGCUCGUUGCCGUCCAGCAGUAAGGAGUUGUCCGGUUUUUCCCGGUUUUCCAUCGGCCUUUUCCUCUGCAGAGCCCCCCUUUCCCCCAGCAAGGCUCGGCGGGGCCCUGCCCGUGUCCCUGCGCUAGAGAGGGGCUGCGGGAUGAGGAGGGAAGGGCAGGAGAUGCCGGCAAACACCGAAAUCCGGCGCCGGAGGGGCCCAGCCCCCUCCUCUCUCCCGGAUUGGGAAGUGAAUCCCUGCAUUGCCACCUUUCCCUGGAAUUGUGACUCUGCUUCGUGACACUGUCACCCCUCCAGGUGCCGUGCUUGUCCCCAGGUGUGUCCCCAACCUCUUGUCCCUCCCUCCUGCCCCAGCCAUCCCGGCAAAGCGGAGCCGCCGCCGGCCACCAAUCCCAAAAAUCCACUUUAAACACUAUUUUUUUUUCCAAGCUUUUUAUGUUUAUUUUUUUUGUUGUUUUGUUUUGUUUGUUUUUUUAAAAUAUAUAUGUAAUAUAUAUCUAUUUCUAUAUAUGGCUACAUAUAUAGAGAGCAUUUCUGAGCACACAUGAAAGUUCUAUAAUUCAUUACUUGAUUAGACAGAGGAUCAGAACAUCUUAAAGCAGCUAAAAAAAAAAUAGAGACUAACCUGCAUAAUCCUAAUUUUUACUUUGUGAGAGAUUCCUGGGCAACAGGAAGGGCAUUUCCAUAGCAAUGCCAGGCUAGUAGAAUCAUGAUUUUUUAAUUUUUUUAUUCUUAUUCAUUACUUAUUCUGUUACUUAUUUAUGAUUUUAUUUUUGGUCAUUGUUGUUGUCUUUUUUUUUUUUUAUUUAAAUAUUUGGAUAUUAGGAAAGUAGCUCAACUACAUACAGCCAAUGGAAGCACUCUACAUAAUAUUUGUACAGUACAUUUUUUUUUUUUGUGGUUUUACUCCAGAAAUAUAUUAUAUAUAUUAUAUAUGUAGGUAUUUUUAAACUAACUGGAAUUUUAAACAGAUGUUAAGCAGGAAUAAGGAAGCCUAAGGCAAGUUUAGAUAUUUUCCUUUGGAAUAGGCAAAAAUAGGGUGGUUGGAACUUAAAAAUUCCUUCAUUCACCCGGGGGGAAAAAAAAAAAUCUCUUGCUCCAGAAUGACCAGGAUCAAAUCCUCCAAAAUUCUGUUUAAUUAAAUGGAGAAUUGAUUAUUUCUGGUGGUCUUUGUGCAUGUUCUGUGCUGCAAAUUAAAAAUAAUUCCCAUCCAGAUUGCCCAGGCUGGGAGUUGGGGGUUUCACUCCGGCGGGAUCGAUGGCGAUUCCCAGAUUUCUGGGAAUGGAUGGAUUCAAAGGGCACUGCUGGAACAUCCUCAUUCCCCUGGGAUCUGCACGGGGACAGCAUCUCCCAGCACAGGAAAGGCAGGAAUUAAUCAGGAAUUAACAGCAUUUGGAAUCUUAUUAACUAAUUAACAGUGCAGCCCCCGAGGGCGAGCAGCCACAUGGAUCCCACUCCCUAAAAUCCCAGCGGUUCCCAGUUCCCAGCGGGAAUUCUGCCCUUCCCGGCCUCCUGCACCAGCUGGAUUUGGAAACCCAGCACUCCCAAUCCCAAAACUUCUCCUGUGCCGGGAGUUCCCCACAAUUAAUGAGCACCCCCUGCAAUUAAUGCCUUCUCACUGCUCUGCUAAUGAGUUAUACCAAGUUUCUGUGUGCUUCCAGAAAUCCCGGCCUGCCGUGCUGAGGUUCCUGCAGGGUCGGGAUCUCCCCGAUCCCGGGCUGUCCCCUCACCUUUCCGUGCCAUUUCUUGACCAUUUGCACUAAAAAUGUGGAAUUUCUUUUUUUUUUUUUUUUUUUUUUUUUUUUAAUUUUCAUUUGAUCCUUCUCCACGCCCUUCAGAGGUUUCCCCGCAUCUCUUGGGAAUGUUUUGGGAUUUAUUUUUUUUUGGCAGGGUAGGACACGUUCGUUCCUGGUGGCUGCUUGUUUCAGAUCCCUCACACUUUUCAGUUUAAGGAGGAGAUAAAAGCUCAAACUGGAGGAAACCUGGAAAAAAAAAAAA